GUGUGUGUGUGUGUGUGUGUGUGCAGCCUCAGGUCUGAUGGCACCUGAUUUCAGGGAGUGGGUCAGACAGGCAAGGGGCGGAGCCCUGGCUCACCUGGGAAAUUCCUGUGCUGUGAAGAGCUGAGGGCGAGCCGCAGACUUGAGAUCAGUCACUUCUUCUUCUCUUCCUCCUCCUCCUCCUCCUCUCAGGCAGCACGUGUGCAGGAACCUCACAUCAUAUGAAACAUGGACCGAACUCUGCAGCUGAUCGUUCAUAGUUACAGUUUCAGUGUAGGAAGGAAUAAUCAAACUUUAUUAGUACAACACCUGACUGACAAGCCCAAACCCAGACUGCUGCACAGCACGAGACACACAAAAUAAUAAGAAUUCGAUAUGACGUCAUUUUUAGAGCCGCACCAAAUUCAUGGAGAGCUCAGAUUAUUAUUUGCUGCUCUGUUAGUUUCAGCUCGUCACAGACGAUACAUGAGACAACAGAAACACCCUUUAACCUUACAUCAUUUGUCCACCAGAGGGCGCUCUGCAUCUUCCAUGUUUAUGUUUGAAACGUCACAAACAGCAAACAGCUGAUCCAACCUGGGCAGAGGGUAAAAACGAGGAACGAGAACGACGAAAAGAGUGACAAAUAUCGGCCGAAAUGUCUGAAUAUUGGCUUUAAAUCACCGAAUAUCAGUAUCGCUGUUAAAAAUCUGAUAUCGGUCGGGCUUAUCAGUUUAACACAGACUGACUGUAUAUAAAAGAUGGACUAGCACAGCGUGCGGUCACCCAUUGGCUGGUCUGAUCAGCGUCAUGGUCGCCGACAGGAAGUGAUCAUAUCUGAUCACCGAGGCAGCGAAAUGUGUCAGCUGCUCUGACCAGUAACACGUGAACCAACCUGCAGCAGCAACGUGCAGAAACCUCUCCACCAAUCACACCUUUCACCUGCAUGAAACACUCACCUGUCCUCUCAGGUGGACUCUGUCCAGCUUUGUCUGUCAGGUUUGUCUUCAGGUGAGUUCAAGUGUGUCACAGGUAAAGAGGAGGCAGCCGCCCCUCCCUCCCUCUCGCUCCUCAGCCCCUCCCAGUCUUUUUUAUUUAAAUGUGGGGCGAGCGAGGCCAGCUCACCUGCAGGUAAAUUCUCUCUCUCCUCAGUCAUACUCACCUGAAGCUGAAAAUCAUCUCCAGUCGCUGCACAGACAGCAGCCUCAGAGGAAGGAAAGGAGAAACUGUGGAGGACUUAAAGAGGAGGAAACAGGUGGAGGUCUGCACCUGAAGGUGGAGACACGCUGAAGAUCAUCAGGUUCAUCUCAGACACUGAGAACACUUUUAAAGGUGGACUGAUGAUGAGCCUGGUUGUGUUUUUGGUUUCUCUGAAGAACAGAUAAAUGUCCAGCAAAGACGAAGAGGACGGUUUAAGGACGGCCGACAGGUAGAGCAGAGACUGUGAGGUCACAGCACGCCAGACCUCCCCACUCUGAGCUCCUCUCACCGCCUCUUCUUACCUGUGCUCAAGUCAGAGGUCUCCUCGCAUGUCCUGAAACCUCUUCACAGACUAGGACUGGAGCUGGACCUCAGGAGGCUGGUUAAACCUCUGACCUCUGACCCAGACGCUGAAGAAACACCACCCAGGAGAUCCUCAGGCCAACUGGAGAAUGACGUUGAGAGACGCAGGACAGGAAGCGGGUCGGUGAGCGGGAGUCAAACUGUUCACAGCGCACAGGCGUGAUGUUUUCGUGUCACUUCCUGCUGCUCACCUGGGUGCUGCUCACCGCCAGAGUCCAGAGCCACAGCUGGAGACCCUGUACAGACCUGCUGCCUCUUGACCUGUUGUCCAAAGCCCUGCCCCCCCCAGGACAUGCCACGCCCACUCAGGUGCGGAUGGUUCAGUCCAAAGGUUCCAGAGGUCUCCGAUUGGCCAGCGCCGUGGCAGCACCUCUGAAUUUCCCCGCCUCCCAGAUCUUCACCAACUGUUACUACUUUCCCUCUGAGUUCUCAUUGGUUGCCACGGUGAAGAUUCAGACACUGAGACAGAAGACAAAUGAGUACAUCUUCUCUGUGGUGAGGGAGGGAUCUGAUUCGCUGUUGCUGGGGUUACGAGUGUCUGAGAACCGCCUCCACUUCUUGACCACAUCCCCUGGCCCUGGUGGGCGGAGCCGAAUGACUUUUAAGGACGUUGGAUUGGACAAUAACCGCUGGCACACAGUGGUGCUGGCUGUCACCGGGCCGUACGCCACGCUGACUGUCGACUGUGGACUUCCUCUGGAGCUUAAACAGGUCCAGUCCUUCCCCAGCCAUCUGAGCACCAGAGGGUCCCGGUUCUUCGUCGGGAGCAGGGGGCGGUGGAGGGGGCGCUUCUCCGGUUUACUGCGGCAGCUGGUGCUGCUACCCGGUUCGGACGCCACGCCCAGACUGUGUCCCUCCCCCGACCCCGCUCUGACUGAGCUGUCCAUCCCUCAGGUCCUGAAGACCACCCCCUUCCAGCCGGACCAACAGGGACCAGUUUACACCUAUGAGGCCGAAGCCAGAGUGACUGUGGGAGAUCGUCCUCCCUGCUCGAGGCCGGAGCAGGGCCAGCUGUGGUUCAAUGCUCAGGGGAAGGGUCUGUUCAUCUGUGACGGGCUGAGCUGGAGGACACUGCUGCAAAGUAAGCAGCGUCUGGAUUACGUGGAGGACUACCAGGACCUGUACACCCGCUCAGAGACCCUGGACGUCGAGGUCUUCUCCAUCCCGUCUGAGGGCCUGUUCAUGGCUGCAGCCAACAAGGACUCUCGGUCCGGCUCAGGUAUCUACAGGUGGACCAACGCCUCCUUCCAGCUCUACCAGAACAUCAGCACUCAGGAGGCUCGAUCCUGGAAACACUUCACCAUCGACAACAAGAUUUUUCUCGUGGUGGCGGCAAACUUCAGAGAGGCGGGGUCUGAGCGGUCUGUCAUCUAUCAGUGGCAUCGGCGGCGGCGGCGUUUCGUCCGUUAUCAGACUCUGGAGACUCACACUGCCCAGGACUGGGAGGCCUUUCGCAUUCACAAUCACAGCUUCCUGGUCGUGGCCAAUCACAGACGAGAAAGAGACUCCAACCACAACAUCCACAGUGUGAUCUACAGGUGGAACCCCGACACAAAGCUAUUUGAGGUGAACCAGACUCUGCUGACGUCCGGAGCCUACGACUGGGAGUUCUUUACUGUGGGGCCGUACCACUUUUUGGUGGUGGCCAACACCUUUGACGGUCGAACCACCAUCAUCAGCUCCACCAUCUACGUCUGGCUGGAUGGUUCUUUCCAGACCUUCCAGAGCAUCCAGACAGUCGGAGCGACAGACUGGGAGCCGUUUCAGAUCGACGGCAGGUUUUUCCUCGCCGUCGCCAACAGUCAGAAGAUCCCUGAUCGUGGCACGAGUGUCUACAGCAUCAACUCCACCGUGUACGAACUGAACGCGCUCACACAGACCUUCAUCCGCUUCCAGGACAUCCUCACACACAGUGCGCUGGACUGGGAGUUUUUCACCAUCGGAGAUGAAAAGUUCCUGGUGGUGGCGAACUCUCACGACGGCGGCUCGUACUCUUUGAACAGCGUUGUCUACAGGUGGCAGGGUUACGAGGGCUUCGUUCCUGUCCACAGCCUGCCCACGUUCGGCUGCAGAGACUGGGAGGACUUCAGCACGGACGAAGGCUCCUUCCUCAUCUACUCCAGCGCCAAGUCCAGGCUCAGCAAGGUGUUCAAACUGAGGAACUACUGAGUGAAACCAUCCUGGAGAGACUCCUCUGAGCUCAUGUGAUCAUUCAGUGGACUCAACUUCCUGUGAGCUGAAUCCUGAGUUCGUCCCGAGGAGAACAUCAUUUAAAUCCAGCGAUGAAAACCCCAAAGAUUAAAGAUCCAAAAUGCUGUUUGGACAUCGAGUCACAUUAAGCUCUGCUGACGAGGACAGUGCCUCUCUGACCCUGUAUGAGCCAUAAACCUCAGAAAUGAAUCAUCAGAUGACUCAAAAAUGAAAGUUGUCCAGUUUUAAGUCAGCUGAUUACACUCAGAGAACCUCCCGUUUCCCUGAAUCAUGGACGUGAACAUAUCACUGAGACAAUGAAACUUAAAAACAGACAGGUCUCAGCCUUCUUCAGAUUUUCCACCAAGUGCUCAAUAAGCACUCUAAACAAAAGAGCAUCAUUCACCCGGAUACACGAAUAUCUCCUCCUAAAGGAAAACACCAACGCUGAGAGAUCUCGGAGCGCUUACUGAAAAACCUCCAGUGACUCCUGCAGCUGAGACACAUCUCAGCACCGUGUCGUCUGCAUAAAGGCGCCUUUAACCGGAAACAUGUUCUCGCAAUGUUAUUUAUACAAAAACAUAUAUACAAAAAUGAAACGAGGCCUGAGAUGGGACCCUGCGGGUUCCCUCAGAGACUCUGAGGGAACCCGUUUCAUGUCACUGGGUUCAGUCGAUCAUCAAACAGAGCAGCACGCCGCUGCUUCCUGUCCCGCCCGUCUGCGUCUCUGGUCUGUCGGUGGACAGACGUCAGAGACAGUUAUCGUAGGAGGUGGAGGUGUCCGUCCCAUCAGCUCUCCACAUGUUCAAGUGUUUUUCUCUGCUUUGUUCAGCAGUUUGUUUUUACACUUGUGUUUCAUUCAGUCGUCACGUUUCAUUAAAUAUGAUGUUUUCUGACACUCUGGGCAUUUUUUACUCUAUUUAUUACAAUUGUUCAUAUUUGUGGAUAUUUUUUUCUGACAGUUUUUUCACUGAAAAUAUUUUGCAUGUUUGUGUUUUGAAAUGUUAUUUCCAGUUAUUUAUGUUUUAGCUCAUUUGCUGAUUGAUGUAUAAAUUACACAUUGAAUAAAUUCUUUUAAAAAGCUGAAUAUUUUAAUUUAUAUGAAGGUGAGAAGCUCGACGCAGAGACGGAUAUUUCCUCUUUAUCUGCUGAGCUGAAAUGCCAGCUUAAAGGGUCAUUCCGCUUCAUUUCAGCUAGCUGUGUUUCCCUUUACCUGGACCUGCUUCGUUUUUCUUCCAUAUUUCCAGUCAUGCGUUUCCUGUUCCUGUGGGAGAUGUUCUGAUUAAACAUGACCCAAGUUUGUAAUAAUAACCUCGUUGUAUGUACAAUAAUCCUGUGAGCCCAGAGCUCGGGCUGCUGGAAACACGGGAUGGAUCUGGAUGAUAUAAUAGAAAGGAGGAAGACCCCUGCUGUUCAAACCUAAAGGAGAAGCUAAAUCAGCCAGUUUACGACGGACGAUGAAGUGAGGGGUUGACCCUGCGCUGAGGCCAGAAUCAGAGAUAGAAGGAUUAUUCUGAGAAUCAAAAACCAGGACCAAUCGUCACUUCUACUGCAAUAGAGUACAAGUAAAGUACUUUAGUUUUUGUUGUCUUCCAAGUUUUAGUUACUUAAAUUAAGCUUGUUUAUACAGAUCGGGAUGGCCAGCAGUAGAUAGGUGAUUAAAACCAUCAACAGCUGCAGCAUUAAAGUGAUAUGCACAUCAAUAAAUCAACAAUAUCAUCAUUCAUAUAUGUAUGUGAUGUUCAUAUAAAUGAUGAAACCAGUUUCUGUGACGAGCUCAGAAGAUAACAGGAAACUCCGUCACGCGUGAUUUAUUCUGCAUUGGGACGGUCUCACAGGUUCAAAGGUCACAGAGGUUAAGCACAAGUUUAUGUUUACAUGUUUUGUCUGUGUUGCUGUUUUAGUACUUUUUCUUUUUAAUAUACAGUAUUUAAAUAUCAAUCUUCAGUCGACAGUUUUCGAGUCUUGCCGACGCUUCCUGUUGUUGUCAGUGUCUUCUGUUCAUGCAUGUGUCAGCGUGCUGCUGCCUCCUGGUGGUUCGUCCCUGUAUUCGACCUGCAGGAUUCGUCUCCGUGAGACCUGCAGCUCCUCUGUCUCUGCUCAACAGACUAACGUGGAAACGUCUGUGAGCGCUUUCUGAAAGUGAACUUUGACAUUUCUGUCCUGUCAUCACAUGAAACACCACAGCUCAGCUCCUCAGAUGCAGCUCAAAUGUCCACCUAAAAAGUUUUACUCUAUGUGCUGUGUAGCCCGUA